AUGGAAGAUUUAUUGUCUAUCAGCUCGAAGCCUGGUCCUGCGACGCUGCCAGGCAAGCGUUCUAUCAAUCCCCCGGAAACGGCAGCUUCGGUUUCUUCCGAUACCUCGAGAGCAGACUCGGGGAUUGACGUGUCUUGGGACGAGGGCUCAUUUCUACUACUUGCAAGACGCGCUGCAGGAAAACCUGCAGAGCUACUGUCGAACGUCGGGCCACCGUCCAACUCAAGUACUCAUCCUAACGGGCAUCUCGAUCACAAUACAUCGAUUACUCUCAUACCUCGUCCUACCAGGGCCUCUACCUCUGUUAAGAGCUCGCCGCCUGCGACUGUGAAGAAGCUCGCUCACAAAAUGGAUGGUACCUCGACUGCAAAGGCGAAAGUCGAGAAACUGCACAAGGCGCAACCAACACUGUCUCGGGGACCCGCCGUGGUCGAUGACCUAGCUGUAUCUGCGCAGUUGGAACGUACGCGCCUAACCGAAGCUCUGGCCGCUCGAGACGCCGUUGUUUACCGUUUGGCCAAUGCAUACGUCUCUAUCCGACAAAAGACCGAUACCAUAAACUGCUUGCAUAACGAGAAGAAGCAACUAUUGAAGCUCUUACACUGCAAGAACGAUGACGCUUCCCUGAACUACCAAUACGCACCUGCUGGCCAGGUUAAUGAAGAUACGACGCGCCUUGAGGGUGCUAUACAGGAACUACAGGAGGAAAUACAAUUGCUCAAGAACAUGAAUCUUCGCUCUGGCGAGGAAGAAGGGCCGCCGCCGUGCUACACUUCUGGACCGCUGCCGCGAAAUGAGGCCCCGGUUCCCUGCGAUAGCUUCGUCACGAACCCGUCUCCUCCACUUGGACAGCAUGACUAUAGAAUAUCCCCGGACUCGUACAGGCUUACUCCUUCGGUGCCGGCGGCGACCGACACGCACAAAUCCGUGGUUCAGGAACCCAAUGAGCUUGACUUCAAAGUUGUAUCUGGCACGAAGACUCCUGAAGCUGUCGUCAACGAUAGAUACGCUAUCCUCGCUGCGUUGCCUCUUCCUGCCGAAAUAUCAGAGGAUGUCUUGAAGCCCAUAACUAUACCGACGUCCUGCACUUUUCAAGAGUUCCUUGCAAGUGCCAGCGGUACUAUCAAGAACCUUAUCAACCAGUAUCGCAUUUUCCAGGAGUCGACUACGACAUGGUGCCCCGACCGCGAAGAGCACGGCUACUUCCUUACGCCCUUAUACAGAUGCUAUACGAACCCCCGAGUCGCCACCGCUCAUGGGUGGAAACUUGUGGAUCCUGUUGGCAAAAUGAUCAAUCCGACUGAAUGUUUCUAUAAUAAGGAUGGGAAGUGGUAUUACGCUGGGGUAUACAAGGCUCUCCGUCUUGCGGACUUGACUCUCGAAGAAUGGGAGAGCCUCUCGACCGAGACGAGCCAAGCCUUGCUCAAGGAGACCUUGGCUGGGCGCAAGAACACUUCCCCUGCGAAUAUCUAUGAGACCGGCCAGUUGUACUCGGCUGGUUGUCUGAAAGUGGCUUGCAUCGGCUUGCAGUGUGUCGGAUUCAACAGCGCGUUGUACCGAGCUGUCUUGGAUUACGGUCAGAAAUGCACCCAGAGCAGUAGGUCGAAGGUCGCUUCUCCCUGGAGCCUUGGCCCUGGAGUUAUGUGGACUUCAAGCCCGACCACUGGUGUCCCUCCUGGGGUUGCUGGACCGGACUCGCCUUACAUACUGCAGAGGAAGCGGCCCAGUUUCACCUUUGGUGAGGCCACGGACGAGAUCGACGAUGGACGCGUUUAG